CUGUUUGUCUGUCUUUAUCUCAGGCUGUGCGUCGGGGCCACAGAUCCCAUGCGCUCUCCAGCCUCUUUAAAACUUCUCUUGCUCUUGGAUAAAUGGAGACAACCUGAGCCUCUGGCAUUUUGGACGAAACAGCCAGUUUUGAGAUUAUAAAAGAAGAAAACUACAAAAACAGGCUGCACCACAUCGUGACCAAGUUUGGUUUCGGACCUCUUGUUCACCGCGCGUCAGGGAGAUGGAGAACGGGACUUGUGGGAUGCCUAAUGAUGUGGAGGAGCUGUGGGAGAAGGUGGAGUGCAAACGGUACGAACUGUGCAGCUCUAUUUCCCCGGCAAAGCUCACCCCCUACCUGCGCCAGUGCAAAGUCCUGGAUGAACAGGAUGAAGAUGAGAUUCUCAACUCCAUGCUGCUGGUCUCCAAAGCAAAUCGCACAAGCCGUCUACUUGACAUCCUCCACACUAAAGGAGAGCGAGGGUAUGUUGCGUUUCUGGAGAGCCUGGAGUUUUACUAUCCUGACCUGUACAAACUGGUCACAGGGAAGGAGCCCACACGACGCAUAUCCACCAUUGUCGUGGAGGAGGGUCAUGAGGGUCUCACCCAGUUCCUGAUGAACGAAGUGAUGAAGCUGCAGCAGCAGUCCAAAGUCAAGACCCUGCAGCAUGUUGAGCUCACCAGGAAGAACUGCACGCUGGAGGACGAGCAGAAGAAGCUCAGACUUGCCAACCAGGAGCUGCAGGCCUUCCAACAGAGAUACAAUAAGUUGAGGGAAGAGAGAAACACCUACAGUGAUGAGCUGCUGAGAGUGAAGGAUGAAAACUACAAGCUGGCCAUGAGGUACGCCACGCUGAGCGAGGAGAAGAACAUGGCAGUGAUGAGGAGCCGAGACCUGCAGCUCGAGAUCGAUCAGCUGAAGCACAAGCUGAACAAGGUGGAGGAGGAAUGUAAGAUGGAGAGGAGGCAAAGCCUCAAGCUGAAGAACGACAUUGAGAACCGGCCAAAGAGAGAGCAGAUUUUUGAGCUGGAGAGAGAGAACGAGAUGCUCAGGAUCAAGCUACAGGAGUUGCAGUCCAUCAUACAGCCGGGGCCUUUGCCCGAGUCAGACAAGGCCAUUCUUGAUAUUUUGGAGCAUGACAGACAGGAAGCAUUAGAAGACAGACAGGAUCUGGUCAUCCGUCUCUACAACCUACGCGAAGAAGUUCGACAAGCAGAGGAACUAAGAGAUAAGUACCUGGAGGAGAAGGAGGAGCUGGAGCUGAAGUGCUCCACACUACAGAAGGACUGUGAGAUGUAUCGCAACCGCAUGGACACCAUCACCAUACAGCUGGAGGAGGUGGAGAAGGAGAGGGACCAGGCGUUCCGAGCCCGAGACGAGGCACAGCACCAGUUCUCCCAGAGUCUGAUCGACAAAGACAAAUAUCGCAAGCAGAUCAGAGAGCUGGAGGAGAAGAGCGACGAACUCCACAUUGAGAUCGUGCGCAAAGAAGCCAAACUGGUGACCCUGGAGUCUCGCCUGCGACGGCUGUCCAAGGACAUCGCCCCCGACCAGAGCCUGCCCAGGGACCUGCCUCGAGCCAUCAUCUCCCAGGGGGAGGAGUUUAAAGCUGGUCCGGGCCAAUCAGAAUGGUCCAGCGAUGAGUCACCAGAGGAGAAGUUCUUUUCUGAGGAGCCUCGACUCAAACGCAGACCUAACCUUAAAGCAACGAACAGAGUGAAAUCUCCAGUAUGUGCACACAGAGACCUUCAGAGCACCCCAGAGGCCACUCAGCCUGCAGUCAACGGAGUAGCUUUCCUGGAGAUUCAGAUGCCAAAUCCACAAGUCAACAGCAACUCGCUCCCUCCCUCCCCCAUCUUCCCAAUUUCUCCCACAUACCCUCAGACCUCAGCGCCCCCCCUCUCCUCUUCCUGCCCCUCUCCCAUACCGAUCCCCCUCACCAUGGUGGAGCAGUGCAACAGGCCGGCUAUGCUGCGUUAUCGUAACGACAGCAUCCUGUCCAUCCUCCCCGAGCCGCCAGAGAAAGCAUCGCUGUACCGAAGAGAGCGAGAGAGGGAACACGAUUUCCACCCCCGCAGCCUCUCAGACUUUGACAGUGACAACAUGGAAACGGAAUAUGAGGAUGAGGUGCAGCGUGGUCCUCCCUCUGUCCACUCAUCCUCCUCCUCCCAUCAGUCAGAAGGGAUGGACACUUAUGACCUCGAGCAGGUCAACAAUAUCCUCAGGAAACUCUCUCUGGAGAGGCCGUUCCGUCCGUCUCUGUCCUCCUUCUCCAGGAUCAACUCGUCUUCGAAGCCAGCGCAGGACCUGUCGUUGCUAGGAGACAACCUGCUGAAGGACAUCACGCUGGUCGGUGGCAACCACAGCGGGAUUUUCGUCUCCGCUGUCCAGUCGGGGUCCAUCGCCGAGAAAGCGGGGCUACGAGAGGGCCACCACCUCCUGUUGCUUGAGGGCUGCAUACGUGGGGAAAACCAAAGUGUUUCUCUGGAUGCCAGCACUCAGGAAGAAGCCCACUGGACCCUGCAGCACUGCUCUGGACCCAUCAAGCUGCACUAUCGAGCCAACCACGACUCUUACCGUCGUCUUCAGAGGGACAUGGUGGAUGGCACGCUGGCUUCUGGCGACUCCUUCUACAUACGAGUCAACCUCAACAUCUCUGGCCAGUCAGAUAGCUGCUCCUUGAGCGUGCGCUGCGACGAGGUGGUGCACGUCCUAGACACCAGGCACCAGGGCCACUGUGAGUGGCUGUGCUCCCGUGUCGACCCCUACACCGGCAACGACCUGCCCGACCGUGGCACCAUACCCAGCAAUUCACGGGCCCAGCAGCUGCUCCUGGUAAAGAUUCAGAAAUUUGUGUGUCGAGGGGGGAAAGAAGAAAGCGAAUCCCGCCGCAACAGUAGAACCAAUUUGCAGCCAGAAGAAACCAACUCCUUAUCUGACUCUAAAGCCAGUCCACGCUUGUCUAGAGCCAGCAUCUUCCUCACUCAGAUACUACAGUUUGUCAGCAGGGUGGAUAUCAAAUAUAAGCGAAUGAACAGCAACGAGCGUGUGAGGAUCAUCAACUCUGGCAGCACGACACUACCCAGACACGGCUUUGAGACGCUUCGACCAGAAGACACUGCUGACCCGGACAGCGAGCUGAGCAGGAGUUUGAACCUGAUUGCCUACAGUACUGUUACGCCCCAGAGGACCCAGAGGAGAAGGCCGGUGCUGUUCACCCCCACUGCUUUAGCCAAAACCAUCAUCCAGAAAAUACUUAACAUGGGCGGCGCGAUGGACUUCAACAUCUGCAAACCAGACACCCUGUCCAAAGAUGAGUUCCACCUCAAACAGAAUGUGGAGCCCUUUAUUCACUACAAAGAGAAACACACCACAUUUGAGUGCAUCACCAGAGAAAACAUAGAGGCCGUCGCUGCCAAGGGCAAACACUGCCUUCUGGAGGCUGAGCUGAGCUGUGUCAAAGACCUUCUACGGAGAGACAUCUACCCAAUCAUCAUCUACGUCAAGAUUAGUGAGAAAAAUGUCAAGAAGUUACGGAAGCUGCCUCUGCGCAUGGAGUCGGAGGACGAGUUUGUGAGGUUGUGUCGGGCUAAGGAGAAGGAGCUGGAGGGCAUUCCCUGCCUCUAUGCCAGCCUGGAGCCCGAGGCCUGGGCAGGGACAGACGACCUGAUCAAGGUCAUCAAAGACCGAAUACUGGAGGAGCAGAAGAAGAUUGUGUGGGUGGAGCAGGACCUCCUGUAGACACACACAUAUCCAACAGUCUGAUCACCAUAAAACACACAAUUGGAACCUUGUACAUGCUUUUAUGCUUAUAUUUAUGCUCAGACUUAAAACUGCAUAUACGGACACUCAACUUGUUUUAAGUUUAAAAUAAAUAGUUUAUAUAUUUUGUAAAGGUUUGCUGUUUCUUUAGAGAAAUAAACAUGUGUAAGACACAAACCCCUGCCUUUUUGUUUACCUAGACAUUAAACAUUUAAAGGGAAGGUGUCAAAGAGCUCUUCUGUGAAUGUCCUUUCACUGUCAGUCGAAUCCCACUUCACCUGGACUCUACUGACCUCUACUGGCUGCAGUGACAGUAGCUGUUCACACUGUAAAGACCCCGGUCCAAUCACAUCUUUUAUUCAUGUGCACUACUGGUGAGAAG